AUGAAUACACCUUCCUUUCUAACCUUGUUUUCCAUUUGUUUAGUUUUUUCUUUCUCUCAUGCACUAAACAAUGGUUUUAGUGUUGAACUUAUUCAUCGUGACUCUCCAAAAUCACCACUUUACAAGCCCACACAAAAUAAGUAUGAACAUAUUAUCAAUGCUGCACGUCGUUCCAUCAACCGUGCCAAUCAUUUGAACAAAGUUUCCCUCACAGCAAGUACACCUGAAUCAACUGUAAUCCCCGAUGGCGGUGAGUAUCUCAUGACCUAUUCAGUUGGUACCCCUCCAUUUAAGUUAUACGGUGUUGCUGAUACCGGUAGUGACAUUGUUUGGCUUCAAUGUGAACCUUGUGACCCAUGUUUCAACCAAACAUCUCCGAAAUUUAAUCCAUCAAAGUCAUCAUCUUACAAAAACAUUCCUUGUUCAUCUGACCUAUGUCAAUCCGUAAGAGAUUCCUCUUGUAAUAGCGAUAAUUGUCAAUAUACUAUUAAAUACGGUGAUGGAUCACAUUCUGAAGGAGAUCUUAGUCUUGAAACUCUUGCAUUGGAAUCCACUACUGGUCGUCGUAUUUCGUUUCCUAAAACUGUGAUAGGAUGUGGAACAGACAAUACAAUGUCGUUUGAAGGUCAAAGCUCUGGUAUAGUUGGCCUUGGUGGUGGACCAGUGUCUCUUAUAACACAAUUGGGGUCUUCAAUUGGUGGAAAAUUUUCUUAUUGCUUGUUGCCAUCAUCCUUCCGUGAGUCAAACACGACGACCAAACUCAAUUUUGGAGAUGCCGCUGUGGUUUCAGGAGAUGAUGUUUUGUCAACUCCUAUAGUGAAAAAGAAUCCAGCAGUUUUCUACUAUUUGACAUUGGAAUCAAUGACUGUUGGAAACAAAAGAUUCAAAUACGGAGGAUCAUUUUUGGGUGAUUCAGAGGAGGGUAACAUCAUAAUUGAUUCAGGUACAACUUUGACGCUUUUACCAUCUGACGUUUAUAGCAAUUUGGAAUCAGCCGUUUCAGAAGUGGUGAAACUAAAUCGUGUUGACAGUCCUAUUCAACUAUUAAACCUUUGCUAUAGUCUUACAUCAGACAACUAUGAUUUUCCUAUAAUCACGGCACACUUUAAAGGCGCUGAUGUUAAGUUGCUUCCUAUUAAUACUUUUGUUGCUGUUGCUGAUGGUGUUGUUUGCUUAGCUUUUACACCAACUCAGACGUUACCCAUCUUUGGAAAUAUAGCUCAACAAAAUUUCUUGAUUGGUUAUGACAUUCUACAAAAAACUGUGUCCUUUAAGCCAAUUGAUUGUAGCAAAGUUUAA